UAAAUUUUUAAAAAAGGAUCAAAAUCAAAAUACACCAUCGCCUGCUCACUUCACUGUCUUUCAUCAUUUUCAGUGGAAAUUCAUUUUCCCUCCAUACAACACUAUUUUAAGUUUUUUUUUUCCACAUCGUAAAAACGCAGACCUAAGCACAGAGUCACAGAGCUUCACAGCCCUUAUUAACAGGUUCUUUCGCAAUGGAUGCUGCAACCCUGAAGUCACAACGGCCAUUCUCUAUUAAACUUUGGCCGCCUAGCCAAAACACAAGGCAUAUGCUUUUGGUGCGCAUUACUGACAAUCUCACUAGCAAGUCAAUUUUCACUCAGAAGUACGGCAGUUUGAGCAAAGAGGAAGCUGAGGAUAAUGCAAAAAGAAUUGAAGAUGUUGCUUUUAUUGCUGCCAACAAACAUUAUGAAAAUGAGCCAGAUGGUGACGGAGGUUCGGCUGUUCAGUUUUAUGCAAAAGAAUGCAGCAAGUUAAUUUUGGAGAUUCUCAAAAAAGGCCCUGCACCAAGGGAGGAUGGAGAAGUCCUGGCAUCUGAGGAAGUUCCUGCAUCCUGUAACAUUUUUGACAUAUCCAAAGGUCCACGAGCCUUUAUUGAGGCAAUUGAGGCUGAGGAAAUACUCAGUCCAUUAAAGGAUCCUGGAAAUUCAUACACUAAGAUAUGUUUCAGCAAUAGAAGCUUUGGUCUAGAAGCUGCUCGUGUUGCUGAGCCGAUUUUAGUUUCUAUCAAGGAUCAGUUAAAGGAAGUUGACUUGUCAGAUUUCAUUGCCGGAAGACCAGAGGCUGAAGCUCUUGAAGUUAUGAACAUAUUUUCUUCUGCCCUUGAAGGUAGCAUUCUGAAAUCCUUGGACCUGUCAAACAAUGCUUUGGGUGAGAAGGGUGUGAGGGCCUUUGAGGCCCUCCUACGGUCACAAAGCUGCUUGGAGGAGCUUUAUUUGAUGAAUGAUGGUAUUUCGGAGGAAGCCGCACGAGCAGUUUGUGAAUUGAUUCCUUCCACAGAGAAGCUUAGGAUUCUUCAUUUCCAUAACAAUAUGACGGGUGAUCAAGGGGCACUUGCCAUUGCUGAGGUUCUAAAACGUUCUCCGUUGCUGGAAGAUUUUAGAUGCUCCUCAACAAGAGUAGGCGCAGAAGGAGGAAUAGCCCUGUCGGAAGCGCUUGACAAUUGUUCUCAUUUGAAGAAACUUGACCUCCGAGACAACGUGUUUGGUGUAGAAGCUGGAGUUGCUCUGAGUAAAUCUCUUUCUAAGCACGCAGGUCUCACCGAGGUUUAUUUAAGUUAUCUGAAUUUGGAAGAUGAGGGUACCAUUGCCAUAGCCAAUGCUCUCAAGGAAUCAGCCUGUGCACUUGAAGUGUUGGAUAUCGCUGGAAAUGACAUAACAGCUGAAUCUGUCGCAGCAUUGUCAGCUUGUGUAGCAGCAAAGCAGAAUCUUACAAAGUUGAACUUGGCCGAAAAUGAACUGAAGGAUGAAGGUGCAAUCCAGAUUAUCAAGGCCAUGGAAGAAGGCCAUAUCAAACUGAAAGAAGUCGACAUGAGUACCAAUUCCAUCGGAAGAGUUGGGGGUCGGUUGUUGGCACAAGUUGUGGUGCAGAAGCCAGAGUUCAAAUUGCUGAAUAUCAACGAGAACAUUCUCUCCGACGAAGGUAUUGAUGAGGUGAAGGAGAUUUUCAAGAAAUCCCCUGAUAUGCUGGGGCCGUUGGAUGAGAAUAAUCCUGAAGGCUUUGAUGAUGAAGAAUCUGGAGAGGGUGACGAUAAUGAGCACGACUUGGAAUCAAAACUGAAGAACCUUGAAGUUAAAGGAGAAGAAGACUAGAGUUUCUUUCCAUUGUUUCGGAGUAGCUUUCACUUUUUUUAUUGCAGUAGCAACCACUGAAACAUAAUUGUAUGCAGGAGCUAUCCACAGCAUUUUUGGCUUAUUAUUCAAUUCUGCUAGAGCAUGGACUGCGAAAUUGAGCAUAAAAGAUUUACAGUCAGCAUGACAGGUUUAAUGAAAAAAUUUCCUUAUCUUGGAGCA